AUGAGAACAAUUGAGGAGACCAGAAAGAGAUGGGACGUCCUAUUCUCCGACAACGACACGCCUUCCGACCUCCGAGCGGCGUUACAAUCCGAGCAAGGAAACCUGUGCAAUGACGGACUGAGGUCGGUUUGCUGGAAGGCAUUUCUACUCUUCGACGGGUUGGAUAAAACCGAAUGGGCCUCCAAGCUGGACGAAUCCCGGGAUGCUUAUCGUGCGCUGCGAGAUCAUUUCUUGAAAUAUAUCGAACACCCGGACGAUUUAGAGUCGACUGUUGAUCCGCUGGCGGAUGAUGAGCAGUCCCCUUGGCAAACACUCCGACACGACGAGACGCUGCGUACCGAGAUUUUGCAAGAUGUCGAUCGAUGCUUGCAGGAGAACUUCUUUUUCCAAGAGCCCGACACGAAAUCCAAAUUGACGGACAUCUUGUUUGUCUACUCGAAGCUCAAUCCAGACGUCGGCUAUAGACAAGGAAUGCACGAACUACUCGCCCCUAUUCUCUGGGCAGUAGAUCGAGACUCGGUGAAGCCACACCCCGAAGGACCUGCGAACAAGGGCAAAAGUGAGGGUUUGAUGCUAAAGCUUCUCGAUGCACAAUUCGUGGAACAUGAUUCAUUUACGCUGUUUCUCUCUGUCAUGCAGACAGCCCGCAUAUACUAUGAACACGGCGAAUCACGGUCGGCAAAUGGCCAGAUGGAUGUCAUUCCGAUAGUUGAUCGGUGUCAUUAUCUCCAUAAGGAAGCUCUGGCGAUUAUCGAUCAUGAGCUCGCCGAGCACCUGGAAGCUGUGGACGUAUUACCGCAAAUUUUCCUAACCCGCUGGAUGCGCCUUCUGUUUGGGCGAGAAUUUCCAUUCGAUGAUGUUCUAAUGAUGUGGGAUCUACUGUUUGCUCACGGGCUACGGUCUGAUCUUGUUGAUUUCACGUGUAUUGCAAUGCUGCUUAGGAUUCGUUGGCAAUUGCUCACGGCCGACUAUACAACCGCCUUGACAUUAUUACUUCGCUACCCUUCGCCCGAACCACACACACCUCAAAGUUUUGUGCAUGAUGCACUUUAUUUGGAACAGAAUCCUACCGCCGAUCGAGGCAGUUUCAUUAUAUCGAAAUAUUCAGGCAGACCGCCCGACUCCAAAAUUCGCAACCAACCUGGCACACGGCCCACGAGGAAGGCCUUCCUUUGGGAAGACUUCAAGAAACGCAGUGAACGAAACUCGCCUACUGGAUCACCAGCCCGAAAUAGCCCCAAGAGCCUCGAAUCUCUUUUCCAAGAUGUCUCCCAGGGAAUCCAACGCCGGACAGAGGCCUGGGGCGUAGCCAAAGCUGUUCGAGGCGCCGUGACAGAAGCUAGGAAAAAUAUGCAAACAAUGCAUUAUGAACCAAAUAUGCGUCCUGGAUUCUCGAGGCCUGUUUCUGCUGCAUCAGCCUCGGACAUCCAGCCCGCGGCCUCGGCUAGACUGGAAACGAAGAUCAAUCUACUCGAGGAAAGGAACCAAACUUUGGCGACGAUUUUACGCGAGGCACUGAACGAUCUUGGCUCGCAGCUAGCAAAUAUCAAGGGCCUCGAUUCUGAUAUGAACAGCGCAGUGAAGCAGGCCCUGGUCAAAGCUGAGAGUGUCCAGGUCUGCCUCGGAGACUCUUCCAUCCCAGUAGAUCCCCCUCUUGACCCCCGUAUAGACGGCGAAUUGAACCAAUCAGACGAAUUACAAGAGACAGACAACUCAAUGGGCAAAGCAGAAGGCAACCUGGUGGCAAACCAAGGUCCAUCACGAACAAUAAGUCCCAAUGCGGAUACCCCCGGGACCAAAGCCGAGAGUGGAACCGAUGUGCUAGCGACGGCAAGUCGGACGAACCGUGACAGGAAAAUCGAAAGUUCGCGGACAAUACCCUCGCGAUCAACUGUGCGACCUUCUAUGACGGAUUCGGGGUUCUCAUGGAUGCUUGGCGGUGGGCGGAACCUGUCGGGCUUUGUCAGCUCGACAUCGCCGCCGCCGGAGCAGACUCGACUUCUAGAUCAAACCCGAGGGAAGCCCAACGUUUUGUUUAGGUCGAGUGGGGAUGACAAUCCAGGGACGGAUUCUGGGCAUAGUGAAUUGCCGCUGCACAGUCUUCGGGGCUCUCGGGAUCCUCUAUCAGGGACCAGCCCAUGA